UGCGCCUAUUCUUAGCGCUGGAAUGUACACAAUGCCCGCCGCUCCUGCGCGCAGCGCCGGCACCGGCCCCGCCACCAGCACGGCCAGAAAUCACCCUCCAUGAAUCACCCACCUCCUGAGAGAAACCUCCCGGGGGUUUAUAGGUUUUUGUCCAGGCUCUAGCUAUGGAAAAACUCAGCAGAGAAUAAACGACAGAGAGUAAGUGCAUGCAGUGAAGGACAGCAGAAGUGAACGGAUAUUUACAGCAACAUCAAAGUCCUGAUUUGUUCCCUUGGAGCUGGAUAUUUCAAUAAAAGCUGCUAAGAAUUUGGGUUUUUUUCUGCCAAGUCCAGAAUUCAUCUGUCUCAUAUAUUGCUAUGGAAGAGGGAUCCACUGAAGAGUUUCUCUUCAAAGACCAGGACUUCUCCUCUGAGCUGCUGAAGCAGCUGAAUGCUCUGCGGCAGAGCAGGCUGCUGACCGAUGUUACCCUCUGCUCCGGGGGCUUUGAAGUCCCCUGCCACCGAAACGUGCUGGCUUCCAGCAGCCCAUACUUCAAGGCAAUGUUCUGCAACAACUUCAGGGAGAGUUACCAGCCUAAAGUCAUUCUGAAGGGCAUCGAAGCUGAUAUUUUGGAUCAGAUUAUCCUUUAUGUUUACACUGGGGAGAUUCUAAUAUCCACUGAGAAUGUCUUGUGCCUCUUGGAGACUGCAUCCAUGCUGCAGUACCCUAAGCUGUUUGAGGCCUGCUCUACCUACCUCCAAGACAAGCUGACUCCUGACAACUGUCUGAGCAUGAUCAGACUGGCAAAAGUCUUGAACUGCCAAAGCCUGAAUAAGAAAGCCAGGGCCAUGGCUUUGAAAUGUUUUCCUGUGGUGGCCUCUUCUGAGGACCUGAAGGACCUGUCUCCCAUGGAGCUCAUCGAUUACCUUGGGGAUGAUGAGCUCUGUGGGGAGGAGGAGCAGGUCUUCGAGGCCCUGAUGGUCUGGAUUCGGCACGACCUCCAGGCACGACGAGGCUACAUCCAAGAACUGUUCAAGAAGGUCCGACUUCAGUACGUCCAUCCAACUUUCCUCUUCCAUUUCAUUGCUAAUGACUCACUCGUUCAGUCCUCACCCACUUGCAGGAGCAUCCUGGAGUCAGCCCGGAGACAAAUGUUUUCCUUGUACAGCACCAACACGCCCGACAUCAAACCCAUGAUGCAUGUUCCUCGCCGGUACUCCAACCAAGAGUUCCUCAUCAUCAUCGGGGGCAGGAAGGACAGCCAGCAGACAACGAGGGAUGUCCUGCUGUAUGAUGACAAGACGAACCAAUGGCUGAGCCUGGCCAAACUUCCCAUGCGCCUCUACAAAGCCUCUGCAGUGAGUUUACACAGCAAUAUUUUUGUGCUCGGAGGGAUGCCUGUUAGCAAUAAGAAAAGUCUGGUCAGUGGUAAUAUUUACAUUUACUCCCUCAAACUCAAUCAGUGGAGGUUGAUUGAGCACAUGCUAGUUCCACGUUACUCCCACAGAAGCCUGGCAUAUAAAAAUUAUAUUUUAUCAUUCGGUGGAAUUGGUGAAAACCAGGAAAUCCUGAAUUCUGUGGAAAGAUACGAUAGUGUCUACAACACCUGUGAGAGCAUGGCAAACAUGCCUGUUGCCGUCCUUCACCCUGCUGUUGCUGCCAAAGAUCAGAGGGUUUACCUCUUUGGGGGAGAAGAUAUAAUGCAAAACCCUGUUCGGCUUAUCCAGGUUUACCAUGUCUCCAGGAAUAUGUGGUUUCGUAUGGAGACCAGAGUAGUGAAGAAUGUCUGUGCACCAGCUGUCAUGAUUGGAGACCAGAUUAUCAUCGUAGGUGGGUACACCCGGAGAAUAAUUGCUUAUGAUACAAAAGGCAACAAGUUUGUUAAAUGUGCAGACAUGAAGGACAGACGAAUGCAUCAUGGGGCUACUGUCAUCAAGAACAAGCUGUAUGUCACAGGAGGACGAUGUCUCACCUCAGACAAUGUCAUCCAGGACCUGGAUUCCUUGGACUGCUAUGAUCCAGAGACUGACACAUGGACACCAAAGGGAAAACUGCCACACAAACUCUUUGACCAUGGGUGCCUUACACUCCAGUGUGUCCCCUGUUCUAACCUCCUCUAAAUGACUUUUGGUACUUCCUUGGUAUUUUGUGCUUUUCUUCCCAGAAAGGACCCACCUCACUCUGCAGAGAGCACAUGGGCAAUCUUCAUGGGGUCACACAAAGUCCUGACCUUGAAGGCACCAGCAGUGUUAGUCCUUCCCAGACCCUGUGCCAGAAAGGUCAUGAGCUUUGGGCUCACACUGUAUUCACCUGGCUGAUAUUGCAUGUGGUGCUGCUGAGUCCAGUCUGGAGGCCUUACCCAGCAUCUCAAGAGGAAACAGGGAAAAGAUACUGGGUAAGAACCCAGUGUAGGAUUUGUCCUUGUACAGACUUUAAAAGUGAAGAGGGAUGCUGGUAUCUCCAGGGAAAGUAAGAUUUUUGCUGUCAUGCAAACUCAGCUGUCUGCCCCAGCCCUGUGCAUUGCUGACUGAGCUUUCCAUUUCCAGUGGUGGGAGUGUUUAGAAUAGGAAGCCCCAAGCUCCAGUCUUGUAGCCAGCCCAGGAGCAGCUGCCUGAGUUUGCUGUGGCAGUCAGGUCAUAAGAAAUAAAAUUUUAAUGUUCCUAACAGCUAAUUAGAAAUUGGCAAAAGACUGAUGCUUUGAUCUGAACUCUCAUAUUGCAACAAGAAGCAGAUUUGACUUUUCUGAGCUAAUACUCUUCCACAGUGCAGGGAAGAUUUUUGUUCCAUCUGCCUGCCCUCUGAAGGAUCAGGAGAAGAUGGGAUGGAAAUUAAGAUUGUCUGCAUCUUCUUUUUCAAGGGGUCUUAUUUUGCAGGGAUCUUCCUUCUCCUUUUGCAUGAGGAAUAGCAGUGGAGUUAGCUAGGAUGACUUUGGCUAAUGGAGUUCCUGAAACGUAGAAUAGCAGAGAGGACACAUGGAGGAAAGGGGAUGUGAAAGAGAAGAGGUAUUUGGGAGGAACAGUUUCUUUUUCCCUUUCUCCUCUCUCCAAACCACUGGAAAAAAGCCCAUGAGACAAAGCCAGUGACAGGAAGCCAGCUUUCCAAGAAGAGCAAGUCUAAAUCUGCCACUUGGCAAAAUAGCUCUGGCUCCACCAAUAUUUUCGUGGGGUUCUGCCACUAAGUGCAUACUUUUAAAGGGAGGGGAUUCAUCAUCAGGCACUGAACAGGCUGUGAACUGCUGUUAGGUCACUGGGCUUGGUAAGAUUGCUGAGAUAGCAAGGAGCUUUACAGAUGACCAUGAUCAAGAGCAAGGAUGGCCGAAACAGCACCCCUUUUUCUUCAUAUUUGAAAGAAAGUGCAACAUCUCAAAGGGUGGAUGGCAUGAGGAAACCACGCUCAACCUUCCUCUUCACAAAAGGCUGCACAGCCAUGUCUGUGGGUCACCACCACAUUGCAGUAAACCAGCUCCAGACACCAAGAUUCUCUCCCAUAAAUUGAGCAGAUGAGUGACAGAAAUAGUUAACAAAGUAGAGGGCUGGAAGGAAGUAUUUAGUAACAACUGCUGGUUUAACAAUGCAAAAUAAAAGGGCUAUUAUUGUUUGCAUGGGCUUUGUGUUCAGGAGUACCCAUUGUUCCCUCCCUUUGUUGAUAAAGGGAAUUGUUUUUGCACACUGGAUAUUGCCAGGGUUUCCUUCUAAGGAUCUGAGUAAACCUGUGAAAAAGGAGUGGGAACUCAAACUCCUCUCCCAGCUCAGAAGCCUUUGGCUAGACUUCUCUUCUGUCUUUCAGUCUAUAUCAUCAUCUCCUCCCUGUGCAAAGCAGAACUAAAUCAUGGCACUUGCCAAACUGAGCUGGAGCAGUGAUUCAUCCUUGCUUCCUCGCAGACCAGCUCCAGCUCUCUGGAGAAAGAAGCCUUGUCAUGGCCAAUUAUGGAAAGUCUGCCCCAGGGAGAUGUUUAUUCCUAACCCUGCAGUGCUGCCUUCCCAAACUCCAUCCUGUUGUGAUCCCACUCAGCUCUGAACUCCAGGAGACACCAGUUGCUGCCAUGCGUUUUGGCUAAUGCAGAUUCCUGCCAGGCUCGUGACUGUACCCAAAACUGAGGGAAAAAAAAGUUGACUUGGGGCCAUAAUCCCAUGUUUGCAAACCAUUGCCACAGUCAUUGGUUUAAGCUUAGAAGCAGAUUUUUUUAAUUCCCAUAUCAUAUAACUAGUGAUUUUCUUUGUGUUCAUGUGGGACCAAGCGGUACCUUGCACAGCUGGGCAGGAAAUGGGGAGGGCAAAAAAGA